UGAUCAAGGUGCUCGACGCUCAACGCUGUAUAUCAAUUCUUCUGACCAUGGCAGUCAAGUAUUUGGCCCUCACUGUUCUUUGCAUUGCGUUCGUUAACAGUGAAGAAACUCCAAAAAAUAAACUAGAAUUGUCUCAAGUAUGCCUUGGCUGCAUCUGUGAAGCCGCAUCCGGAUGUAAUACCACAAUAGGUUGCCAAGGUGACAUCUGCGGACCUUUCCACAUCACGUGGGGUUAUUGGGCUGAUGGCGGCAAGCCAACUCUGAAUGGUCAACCUAACACUGACAAUAAUGCCUACGCUAAUUGCGUUAACGAUCCAUUCUGCGCAGCCAAGGCAGUGACGGGCUACAUGGAAAAAUACUCCCAGGACUGCAAUGCUGAUGGUCAGAUCAACUGCGACGAUUAUGCGCGCAUUCAUUAUCUUGGUGGCUAUGGAUGUUCUGGACAACUGGAGAAGAAGUACGAAGCUGGUUACGUCAAUUGUCGAAACAGCUUUCCAUCUCAGUAAUCGCAUCUUCACCAUUCCAUCAUCUUUUAUGUUUUCCUCUCUCGCCCUAUUAGAUAGAUCUUGCCGUUAUUUAUUUUCGCAUAUGUAAUUUAUUCAGACAGCAUGAUUUUUUAUUGGACGAUACAAUAGAGAUUCAUUAUAUAUAUCUUCGUAUUUUUUAGCGUUUUUAUAUUGUCUUAUGAUUAUCAAGUACUUAAUAAAUCUUGAAAGUAAAAACAAAUUCUUUCCAUAUAUUCUUUUUAUUUCCGUUUCGAUUGCAAACAAUAGUUGAAUUUUUACUUUUCGUGUAUUCGUAACGAUUCAUUUUGUAUUGCGAUUCACGUUCUCUGGUAAAAAUAUCCUAAUUUCACUACAUAAAAAAUCCUAUUUCCGUUGUAUUGUAAAACAUUGAUGUUCUUGAAUCACGUAACGAGUACACAUUUCUUAUUUCAAGACAUUUCUCAUUUUGAGUACAAAUAUUUCUUAAACUUAUUAAGAACUGUUAACCUAUUAUAUAUAUUUUUCAAAUAAAAGAAUAUUUUUCUUGAUUUGACAAAGUAAAUUAACUAAUUAUUCCAAAAAAAAUAAUUAUGAAAAACAAAAAAACUGUUGUUCUAAAUGAUUUACGAUGUAUUUAAAUUUAUUUUAUUUUACUGUAUAACAUUACGAAAAUUGGAGAGUGCUUAUAAAUAUUCAGCUAUUCAAUACUGCACAAUUGAUUUAUUCAAGUUCAAAAUAUGAUAAGGGUAGUUAAUUCAAUAAAAAAAAAUUUAGAGAAACAAUUCUAUGUGGAAAUAAAACUUUUAAUGAUGAAAGUUUCCAGCAUCAAUUUGCUUGCUACUUUACCUUUUGCGGUUACUUUAUUAGUUAGGUAAAGUUUCAGUUUCACGGUGACAGUAUCAAAAGUUGUCGAUAGAUUCAUCAAUCCAAAUGUGUUCCAUUCAAACUUUAUGAACGAAAGCUUCAAAUACUUCGAUAUCGCCAUUAAAACUAAUUUAAUUUUAAAUGUAUUCAUCUUCAAUUCGUUACAAAACUUUAAACGAAAUGUGGUGU